AUGUUUCAUGCUUCUGACAUAAUCGUGUUUCAGUGGCUGCUAUUUCGUCUUGCGCAGUUAGAGCAAUUUGACAAUCAGUUGAUGAAACUGUAUAAAAAGGAAGGCAUCGGUAUUGCCAAUAUGAGCGAUUUCGGAGAAAUUAACCGCGAGAUUGCACGACGGCAGCAAAAGUUCAUGAAAUCAGAAAACAGUAUGCUUCAGUGA